CAACAUAUGAAAAGAUUAUUUCCGAAAGUUUUUCAUACAGAAAAUCGGAUAAUUAUUACUAUUCAAUGGAGAUCCAACUAGCUAAACGACAUCGAUACAUAUUAUCAAAUAUGACAGUUUUUAAAACAAAAAAGGUAAGUUUACUUCAGUACUCAUAUAAAUACUAUUAUGAACGCAUGAUAUUUGAUAGAUGCUGCAUUCCCUAUUCCCGAUCAAAUUUUACGGAGAACACUAUAGUUCAUUUAUCAUAGAUCCAAAGGGAUCGAUAAGGUUUAUUCAUCCUGAAAUUAAAAGAGACCUCGGUGGAAUAAUUACAGAGUUUGCAUUUGCUCCAAAACGAACACGUUUCACUGGGACAAUUAAUGAUACCUUCUAAAAUUCAAGAGAAAGAAAUUAAAUCCAAAAUUUUCAGUGACUUCAAGUGCGAACUUGAUUCAACAGAAGUUUGUUCCAAACAACAAUCCGCCGAAUCGUGCAAAGAUGCAUCAGACACUAGAGUGACAUGUUAUUGGUGUGCAAGAGCUGGAAAAUGCAGUAAUGGCCGUGAUAUGUACACUGCAAUUUGGAAAAAAUAUAAUUGUGAAAAUGAAAUAACUGCAAAUACAACAGAUAAUCAACAGGAAGAAGUUACCAUAAGUACAACUGAAAGCGAACAAAAAGAAAUCACUGUAGUUACAACUGAGGACAAAGGGAACGAAGUCACUGAAAACAUAAGUGGAUACCUUGUCAAACCCAUUCUAAGUACAGAAUCUCAUCCAUAUUCAUACGUUGUAGUAAUAAUAGUCGUUACUAUCUUCAUCUUUGGCGUCGCUUGUGUCUUCUUGAUAUUGAUGAGCAAAACAAAAUUAUUUGUCAUCAAUAGAUAAUAUCAAUCAACAUGCCAGUUUGUGUCUCCGAAUUCAUCCCAAAAGAAGAGAAAAUGUAUUUGUGGGACUCUUACUCUUCUAACGUUGAGAGCUCAAUUAUUUUGAAAAUAGAAAUGAUUAUGUGUCCGGUUGAACGCACAAAAAUUUGUUUUUUUUUUCCGUUGUAAUAUCUUCUGUACUAUUGUAAUAACCACCAGUGAAUACGUCAUACACUAACUGAUGUGACACUUUGCUUAUUCAAGUACUGUCUAAAAAUCCUUUGUAUUUUGCAUUUAAUUCAAUGUUUG